AUGGCGAGGACUUCAAUAGCGGCGGCGGAAAUCGCAACAAAAAAGGAGCAACGACACAAUAAGCCGAUGGAAGGGAAGAACACCGCGCAAGUAAUUGAAGCAAUGACAAAUCCUCACGAAGAAGCUAAAACGCAGCAAAAUACUGACGAAGACCCUGCUGAAGAGCAUGCAAUCCAGCAAGCUCCUAUCAAAGAUGCAGGCACAAAUAACCCAGUCAUCAACACGAAGGAAACAAACGAGUACGCUGAUCUCGAAGAUCAAGAACUUCAAACAACAACAUCUGAAGAGGAAGAGGAAGCAUGCAAAAGUACUGGCAUAGACAUUCAACAAGAAAAACUAGAGGACAACACGAGACAAGGAGACGCCGCACAAGAAGCUCAAGAAACCAUCAACAAUCAAGACCAUCAAACACAACCAGAGGAGCCCAAUGAACAACCCGAACAUGUUCUUCAAACGAUAGACAAUAUUGCCACUGAAGACCAAGCCACAAAAAAUUCACUCACCAAACAACAGAGAGAGGAGACUAAUGAGCAAAAGGAGGACACUGAAGAAGGGCAACAUGUUCUUCAAAAGGCAGUCAUCAACAAACACGAAGAAGGCGACCACGGAGAUACAAGCAAUGAAGCAGACACACACAUUGUUCCAGAGAAAGAAGCAGAAACCAUCGAAGAAAACCCUACACCGUCGUACGAUGCCAAUUCCCCUGGCAGAGAGAAACACGAAGAAGGCGACCACGGAGAUACAAGCAAUGAAGCAGAAACACACAUUGUUCCAGAGAAAGAAGCAGAAACCAUCGAAGAAAACCCUACACCGUCGUACAAUGCCAAUUCCCCUGGCAGAGAGGUCAGUGCCAACCAGGUCGAGACUGAAAAACAAGACGGAAAAGACCACCAGCAAGACACGACGGUUGACAAGGAAAAACAUGAUGCUAAGAAAGACACAAACGACUCAAAUGAGGAUGCAGCAAAAAUUGAACAAAAGGGUACAAUGCAAAAAGAAGGACAUAACAUGCCGCAAGAAGCAGAAGGAGAACAAGAAAGGAACAACAUUGGACAGGACAUAUCUUCUAGCAUCGAAGCAGGCACAAUGGAGAAAGGGGACAAAGAUAGUGAUUUCGUCAACAAAGCCAUCGAAGACCUGUACAACGCUAUAUGCAAGCCAUGGACACAGAGAGAAAUGGAUGAGCUUUUCAUUACAACGAACAAGUUUGAUGUCAAUCUAGGCCAUGUCGCCGAAAGCUUCAAGUUCCUUCUACCAUGUUCGUUGCGCAGAAUGGACUGCGCAUUCUAUAUGUACAUGAACCUGAAGCACUACUCCAAUGAUGGAACAGCAGCAACCUUAGAGCCAGAACAAGUACCAGAGUUGAGGAAAAAAAAUUCUAUAUCAACUAAUCAGCCAACACAGAGGGAAUACCAAACUGUCAUUCAUCAAGUGUACAACAGAUAUGCUGAAGUAUGA